AUGCCGGGCCCGCGGCGGCAGCUCGUCCUCACGGUCGACCAGUCCGGCCGAGGCGACCACCGGAGGAUCCAGGACGCGGUCGAUGCCGCUCCGGCGAACAGCUCCCCCGGCAGCGUCGUCAUCCGGAUCAAGCCCGGAGUGUAUAGGCAAAAGGUCGCGGUGGACAAGCCCUGCGUAACUCUCGUCGGCACGAGCGCCAGCUCCACCGUCAUCACCUGGAACGAGUCCUGGGUCGCCGCCGAGAGCCCGACCGUGUCCGUGCUGGCCCCCGACUUCAUCGCGAAGCGCCUAACGUUCCAGAACACAUUUGGGACAAGCGGGCCGGCGGUCGCCAUGAGGGUCGCCGGGGACAGGGCAGCGUUCUACGGUUGCAGGUUCGUGUCGUUCCAGGACACGCUCCUGGACGAGACGGGGCGCCAUUACUACCGAGGCUGCUACAUCGAAGGGGGCACAGAUUUUAUCUUUGGUAACGCUAAAGCUUUAUUCGAUAAGUGCCACCUGCACUCCACCUCGCUGGUCGGCGGCGCGUUCACGGCGCACAAGCGGUCGGCGGAGUCUGAAGACACUGGAUUCAGUUUCGUCGGGUGCAAACUAACGGGCGUCGGGAAGGGCACGUCCAUCCUCGGGCGACCAUGGGGUCCCUACUCCCGGGUCGUGUUCGCGCUCAGCUACAUGUCCAGCACGGUGAGGCCUGAGGGCUGGGACGACUGGAGCGACCCCACCAAACAGAGGACAGCGUUGUACGGGCAGUACCAGUGCUACGGGGAAGGGUCCAAGACUGACGGGAGAGUUGCGUGGUCUCGCGACCUGUCGCAGGCUGAAGCUGCACGGUUCAUCACCAAAGUUUGGGUUGGGGGACAAGAGUGGCUUCGGUAGGAAACACUACAUACAUAGCCAUAAUGCUAAUGUCAUUGCAUUUGUAUGAUUCAGUUCUCUUAGGA